ACAAAUUUCCCUAGAAUUUAACAACUACGCAUCGACGGGGAAAGAAGAGAAUAUUUGAGAGAAAGCCGAAAGAAAGGAAAUGGGGAAACAGCCGGUGAAGAUGAGGGCGGUGGUAUAUGCGUUGUCGCCAUUCCAGCAGAAGAUAAUGAGUGGGCUUUGGAAGGAUCUACCGGGCAAGAUCUCCCACAGGGUCUCCGAGAAUUGGAUCAGCGCUACUCUCCUCCUUGCCCCUCUCGUUGGAACCUACUCAUAUGUCCAGAACUUCAAAGAAAAGGAGAAGUUGGAACACAGGUAUUGAAACCACGAGAAGCCUCCGUUUUAUCAGAAAAACACUGAUCUAUUACAUUUUAGACUCAAAUUUAUCGAGGUUGAAUGCAAUGAUGAACCAUGUUUCUUGAUUGGGAGUGGAUUAGUAUCCGACCGUUGUGUCGGUGUGUUAUUGGCAUGGAAUAAAUGAAUCUGGAUAAUAUCUUCGUUUUUGGUAAAAAUAAAAUUGUGGAUUUGUUCUUCAA